CAGUUUUCCGCAUGUUUUGGCACUUAGAAUGUUUUUGCAAGUGGCUCGGUCGGUUAUGUUUCGUUUAGUAUUGUAUUCUAAUCGGUGCGUCGGAAAACAUUUCAUCAACAUUUCUUCUUUCUUUUUAUUGAACUUGAAAGUGUACAAUAAACUGUUAAUAGAAAAAGACAAUAUUUAUAUUUUAUUUAUUUUGUCUGAUAAUAAAAUUGAAAUUUAAAAAAAAAUAAGAAAUACUAAAUUUUUUAUAAAAACAAUUUAAAGAAAAAAACAAAACUAUUUUUAUGUAAGAGUUAAAAAAAAAACAAUUUUAAUAAACCAACACUGCCUUAACAAACAUUCUUCAACUUACAAAGGAUUUUUUUAUCAAAUUUAUAUUUUAACAAAACCUACAGUUUCAAAAUCAACAACAUAACAUCAGCAACCCAAAAUAAAAACCAAACCAACAAAACCAACACCAACAUAAAUCAUUUAGAUUUAAAGAUUUCGUUAAACACUAAACAAAAGAAAACGGAAGGAAAUUUUCAAAAAUAAAAUUCCAGCAAGGACCAAUUUUUUUAAUGUAUUAGAAAAGAAAAAACAAAAAACAAAAUGAAUGUAGCCACACAAUCUCAAACAAAAAUAGAAACACAACAGCAACAACAACAACAACAAUUAGACGUCAACAUGCAAGUGUCCAGCAUUAAUAGCAGCAGUUUAGCAUCAACAAUAAAACAGAAAUCACAUCAAGCCAGUGAUAUGAAUCCGCCAACAACAGCACGCAGUCCCUCGCCAGAUGGCAGUCGGGACUAUGAUGUAACCCGCAUGAGAGAGGAAGACUUUGAACGCCUGGCCGUUUACAUAGUACCCGAUGUACAGUGUGAGCGUGGCGUUAGCAAUAGAGCCGAUAAAACACUGCCACGCAGUUUGACACUUAAACCAUCGAUGGUUUUUUCAUCACCAAAUGUUAAGACUGAAGGAAUUUGGAGUACUGGUGUUAUACCACGUGGUACCCGUUUUGGUCCCUUUGAAGGUGUACCAACUCCUCAUUAUCCCAACGAUUCAAAUACGGCGCGUUACUUUUGGCGGGUGCAGGGAACACGCCAUAUAACAUACGGGAAUAUAAAGAUAUUCAAAGAUGAUGAUUAUUAUUAUUUGGAUGGCUCCGAUCGUUCACAGUCGAAUUGGAUGCGUUAUGUGGCUUCGGCCUAUAGUCUGGACACCAUGAACUUGGUGGCUUGCCAGCAUCAGGAGAACAUCUAUUUUUAUACCACACGCGAUAUCAUGCCCAAUGAAGAAUUAAUGGUGUGGUAUUGUAAGGAUUUCGCCAAACGUUUGGGUUAUGAUGUGGACCCUGAACGUACUUUAUUUGGUGCCUGUAAAGAGGUGGCCGAUGAGGAUGAAGAAGGUGAGAUGGAGGCAGAGGAGGAACAUGAACCCGAAACAGAAGAGGAAUAUGUGUGUGUCAAGAAGAGAGCCUGUUCGCCUUAUGAUAUGCCCGCCCCUGAAAUUCCGCCAGAAGUUGCCUACAAUCAUAUUACCUAUGUAAUGGGCCUUCAUUUACCACCUCCCUUGUCUUCGGGUGCACGCAAUGAUAGGCGUUCUCCCACUCUUAGUCCCUCCCCACCUAAUGUCAAUCAAACACAAAACACACACCCGCAUAUCCAACACAGCCAUCAGUCUGGUCAUCAGUCAAGAACGCUGAUCAGACACUCAACGCUACAUCAGCCUCAUCAAAGUGUUUUACAUCUGAAACAAGAACCUACCUCGGUCAUUGUACAGGAUCAUCAUCACCUAGCCAUGGACCAAGAGUGCGUUAAUCAAAAGGACCACAAAGAUGUGGGAAGUUCUCCCAUUUCGCACAAAGAAGCCCAAUACGAACACCAGCUGACGCCAAAUGAUGGUAGCGUACGUUCGGUACGUUCCGAUGAGGGCUAUCACAGCAACGAGUAUCAUGAAGAUCGUCUAACGCCUUCGGGCGGUGAUGAUAGUGAUACCGAGAGUGAACACAAUUAUGUUUUAGAUUGUUCUAAGAAAGCCAUUGCUCCCAAAGAAACCGUUAUUGCCCAUUCCCAAAAACCCUGCAGUACAGUUACAUCGGUGCCCUCGGCGAAUGUAACGGCCGCAGUCUCAGCAGGUGAAUGCUGCAAAAAUGAAUAUAGAAAGUUCAAAGUGAAAAUGCCUCUAAAAUAUGAAUUUAAGAAUAGUACCAAGACUGAAGCAAACAAUGCCACCACCACCAUCACUAACACCAAUAUCUCAUCUAUCAAACAGGAUGAUUUGCACAUUGCGGCCAGCUCAAGUGAGGAUGAGAAUCGUACGGAUUGCACCUCCUCCACACAAAUCGAUGAAAUGAUGGAUGUAGAUUUUCGUUCGUCGAGAAGUGUUAAUGAUGAAACUACUGCCACCACCACACAACCAGCCUCAAGUACAGUUAUUGUAUUGGAAAGCAGCCAAAAGCGCACAAUAGUGCCUUUAACUAAACCCUACUAUGAAGCCGAAUCCAGCUCUCCACCACCUGCUGGUCAAGGCUACAUACGUUAUACACCUCCCUCUAGCAUUUUGGAAACAAUACUGACUGGUCAACAUCAGCAUCGUUUGGAAACGGCAGCUGCCGCCGCUGCUGUGGUAGUGGCAUGCCGUCAAGCUAACUCCGCCACACCUCCCCCUUCGUCACCCACUGAAAUGGCUUAUUCUUACAAGAAGUCUCAUCGCUAUGGCAAUGCUGUUAGCCCCGAUUCUAGUUCCAACAUGGUGGCAGAGCAUAAUGCACACGACAACGAAGCUGAAUUACACCUAAACUCUACCACAUGUAAGAAAGAUCUCUGCUCUCCACCACCACCUUCUCUACAACAGCAUCAUGUUUUAUUCUCACCAAAUGGUGUGCAUGGCGCCUAUGUCAAUGAUGGUCAACAUACACCGCCUUAUUCCACCUACUCCUCUUAUUCCAACAGCAGUUUAAAUGGACAAUCAGUGAGCGUUUUACAUGCACCCACCUCCACUUUCCACUCACCACCCCACAGUGCUCAAUCCCCCUUCGACAGACAAUCGCAUUCCUCCAGUGGUUCCAAUCAAAACUUGCAUCUACUGCAAGGCAGUACACAAAUGCUAAAUCAUCCCCUAAUGCAGCCCCUCACUCCCCUACAGAGACUAUCCCCUUUGCGCAUUUCACCACCCAGCAGCCUCAGUCCGGAUGGCAACUCUUGUCCACGCAGUGGCAGUCCUUUGAGUCCCAACUCCUUGGCUUCCCGCGGCUAUCGCUCCUUACCCUAUCCGCUCAAAAAGAAAGAUGGUAAAAUGCAUUACGAAUGCAAUGUUUGCUGUAAAACUUUCGGCCAAUUAAGCAAUUUAAAGGUACAUCUACGUACUCAUUCUGGUGAAAGACCCUUCAAAUGUAAUGUCUGUACCAAGAGUUUCACCCAAUUGGCCCACUUGCAGAAACAUCAUCUGGUGCAUACGGGUGAAAAACCUCACCAGUGCGAUAUUUGCAAGAAACGUUUCUCAUCAACAUCGAAUUUGAAGACUCAUUUACGCUUACACAGCGGUCAAAAGCCAUACGCUUGCGAUUUAUGUCCGCAAAAGUUUACACAGUUUGUGCAUUUGAAAUUGCACAAACGUUUGCAUACCAAUGAUCGGCCGUAUGUGUGUCAAGGUUGUGAUAAGAAAUAUAUAAGUGCAUCAGGUUUACGUACGCAUUGGAAGACGACCAGUUGCAAGCCCAAUAAUUUAGAAGAAGAAUUGGCUAUGGCGGCAGCAGCAACUUCGGAAUGUUUAGACAAGGACCAUCCUGAACCAGAUUCUAGAGAAGCAUUCGAACAAAUACAACAGCAUAUACAUCCACAUUUGCGCCAUGCCGAACAUUUGAACCCAGGACGCGGCAUGGGCCAUUCGUCACAACAAACGCAUAGUCACAUGCAACAGCAACACGUUCCUAUGCUGCAUCAACAUUUGCCACCUCCCUCCUCGGCUGCGGCUGCCACCAUGUUGCUCACAACUGCCAACCAAAUCCAUCAACAUCAGCAUCAACACCAGCACCAACAACAUACCCAUCAGCAGCAACAACAACUUCUACAUCCACACCAACAACAUUUACUACAACAUCAAUCACUCAAAGUUAAACCCCAGCUACACAUGAUGCCAAACAAUAACCAUGAUUCUGGCCCCACAGGACCCAACAAUAUGUCCCAUGCCCAUGUAGCAGCAGCGGCGGCAGCACAUGCAGCAGCAGCCGCUGCAGCUGCUGCCCAUGCAGCCUCACAACAUCCCUUGGGUCCACCACAAGAUUCCCGACCCUCUGUCAUAGAAUCAAAUCAACCCAUGAUCAUAGAGUGUACGUAAAUUAUAAAACAACUUAGCAGUUGAAAGCUCAAUAGAUCAACCUCUCUCUCACUCUCUCUCUCUCUCUGAGUGCUUAAGUGUUGUAAACUAUGCCAACAAGCAACUAGGCAAAAAGAAAGCUUCUUAUGUAAUGUAAUGCUUAGGCUUGUCUUAACCACAGCUUUAGGAAAAGCUUUUUUGUUUUUUCCUAUGGAACCACACAAAAUCAACAACCAUAAAAUGAGUGCAAUAAUUAAACAAAAAAUUGUCGGUAUUAUUAAAGAAACAAAAAGUAAAUUAAGCUUAUUUUGUAUUAAACAUGGAAUUUUGAACUUAUAAAGGAAUUUAUAGCAAAAUUAUAACUGAACAAAAGAAAAAC